CAGAGCCCGGCGGUGCCGGCCGCGCCGCGCCGAUCCACGCCACUGGCGCAAGAGACGCUCAACCUGUCCAUCGACAACGAGCUGGACUUCGAGGCGGAGGCGCCGGACGGCGGCGACGCGGCGGUCGAGGCGGAGACGCUGCCGACCGACGCAAGUGCCGAGCCGGCCCUCGAGGCGAGCGGCGCCACCGGCGAGGAUGGUGAGUGCGCCGAGGAAGCGGCCGACGCCGGUGCCACCGCGCCCGCCGAGAAGGCGGCCGACGAGGACUCGCUUGAGGAGGGCGAAAUCUCUGACGACGAGGACAAGAACCUGCGCAACGAGCCCAAGUCGGUGUGCCGGUUCUUCAACAAAGGACAAUGCACUUGGGGGAUCAGCUGCAGAUUCAUACAUCCAGGGGUAACUGACAAAGGAAACUACAAUAUGUUUGCCCCUGCUAGACCUCCAGCGCCUCCCAAACCUCCAGAGGAAGACCAGAAAGAGGAGGAGAAGCCGGCGCCGCCGCCGCCGGCUCCCGAGCCGCGGCCCGGGCCCGGCUUCGAGACGGCCUGGGAGCGCGCCAUGCGCGAGGCCAAGGAGCGCGUGCGCAAAGCCUCCAAACGCCGCGAGACAGACGUCGACUUUGAGGAGAAGAAGAUGAAUCUGAGCCUGGCGCAGGCAGAGUUCGAUAAAGAGAACGACUAUUACACGCGGCCGGCCAGUCCGACAGUCAAGGAAGAUCCGCACCGGCGGCGGGGGCACUUUGACCCGUACGACCCGUACGAGCCGCGGCGCCGCUCGCCGCCGCCCGAGGCGUACCGUCUGACGCCGGGCCCGCUGCCGGGCCACGAGCCACCGUACCCGCCGCUACGGCUGUUGCCGGGCCGGCCCCGGCCGGACUUCCCGCCGCCGUACCUGGGCGGGCCGCGACCCUUCCGCGGUCGCCCUCUGCCGCCCUACGGCCACAUGCACCCGGCCGAGGCGCUGUACCGGGAGGUGGCUAGUGCGCGCCGAAGUCGCGGCGACGACUUCGUCGACCCCUGGAUGCGUGCCAAAUCUCCCAAGCCGCGCAGGAGGCGCAGCUACUCCUCUGGCUCGUCGAAACGCUCAUUGUCCUACUCUUCCGACUCCAAGUCCGGCUCGUUCUCGCGCUCGCGCUCGCGCUCGCUCAGCACGAGCGUGUCAUCGCGCUCGUCCGGCUCCUCGUCCGGCUCCAGUCGGUCACGCUCGCGCUCCGUGUCGUACGAGAGGAGAGUGCGACGUCCGGCGGCACCAGCCGCGCCGGCACCGCCACUGAGCGCGGCCGGCUACGAGCCGCAACUGAACCGGCGGCCGAUCGACCUGCUGGCGGAGACGGGCAAGAAGAAGCAGAUCAAGCUGACGUUGCGCGGUCCGUCGGCGGUGCAGACGAGCCAGCGCGUGGUGGACCGGCUCGGUCUGCACGAUACGGACGAGUCGGACGGCGAGCCGCCGCCGCCGCCGCCGCCUCCGCCUCCGCCUCCGCCCGCCGCCCCCGUGCCGCGCAAAAGGCCGGCCGAAGCGACUGCCGGGGACGACGCACCGCCCGCCAAGGUGGCAGCAGCGGCGCCCCAGCCGGCGGCGGCGGCCGCCACGGUCCCUCGGCCGACUCCGGUGCCCCGGCCUGUGGCGAAGAAACCGUCCACCUCCCGCCGCGAUGAGCUCAUGAAGCAGCUGAAGGCCGUAGAGGACGCCAUCUCCAAGAAGAGGACCAAGCUGGACGUGAAGAAGACUUAGGCCGCCGGCUGAGCCGAGGGACGCUGUGUUGUAUGUGGCGGGGGGGCCGGUGUUCAGGGCGGAGCGCGCUGGCUGGUCCGCCGCCGUACUCAGCUAUUUGUCCCGACUGCGGAGAAGCGCCGGCGAGCUAGCGAAGCGACAGACAGGACGGUGAGGCCGACCGUUGGGCGUGCGGCGUCGCCCCCGUGCUGUUGAUCACGACGGGUGACCGACGGAUGUGCCGGCCAUGUCACCGUCUCUGUGGUUCCACUGUGUGUUGGCCGUUCAGAAUACAGUUUGUGG